AUGCAACAGUGCAGCAACAAGAUGAUGUUUUCUUUUAUUUCAAGAUCAUUGCGCAAAUUUCCAAGGCUUCCUUUUCAGAUACCCACCGCUCAACGUCUGAAUAGCAUCUCGCAAAAGCCUGGCGCUGUUAUUUCGGGAACUUGUCGCCAAAAAUCUACCAUGAUCAAAACGUCUGCACAUUUCAAGGUCAGAGAGGAUUUUGACAAGAUUCAAGCAUCCCGUCCAGACUUCCAGCGCGAUGCAGGAGUGACGUUCUCGAAGCCACCAAAGCCAGACUGGAAGGAAGGCGAUGGUGGAAACGACGGAGGCGAAAGUCUGAAGAAGCAACACAUUGAGAUUGAUCCUCACGAAGAGGGACGACCCGUCUCAUCCAACUAUAAGCUUCUGGUAUCGGGAAUCGUCCCUCGACCAAUUGCUCUUAUCAGCACAAAGUCAAAAGAUGGAAAAACCGCGAACCUGGCUCCAUUUAGCUAUGCUCAGGUCAUAAACCACGAUCCGCCACUCUUUACGGUGGGCUUUGUAGGCUCCCUUGAGAAAGCCAAGGAUAGCCUGAAGAACCUCGCAGAGACGCAGGAAUGCGUCAUCAACAUCAUCUCGGAACAUUUUGUCGAGGCCGCCAAUGCUACCGCUGUGAAUGCGCCCUAUGGGGUAUCGGAGUGGGAGAUAUCUGGUCUCCACCAAGCACCUAGUUCUGUUGUGCAAGCUGCUCGCGUGAAGGAAUCGAUCUUGUCAAUUGAGGGCAAGCUCGUUGAAACCAAGGAGUUUGAAAGCCGGACAAGCCCGGGAAAGAAAACCGGGGUCCUGGCGAUCAUUGAAGGAGUUCGGUUUUGGGCCAGAGAGGACGCUGUGGAUGAAGAGAAAAGUGUCAUUGACUUGAAGGUCUUGAAGCCAAUCAGCCGCUUGGGAGGCGUUUCGUACGGGCGAACAACCGAUGCAAUCGAGAUCCCAAGGCCGAAAUUUUAG